AUGCCAUUUAUGUCGGGAGACACAAUUAUUUUAUCAUCACUUUUUGUGCUUUAUAAAAAUGAGAUGAAAAAUGAUUUAGAUAAAUUUAUUAUUACGACACAUUACUGUUUAAUGAAACAGGGUUUUAUUGUUCGGGAUGCUAUUGAAGGAUCAGAAGGGGUUUUGCAAUUUAACGAUCGUAAUUAUAAUCUUUUGGUCGCCCGUUACCGAAAAGGCAUGAUAUCAUUAACAACAAUGCAUGCAUUUAGUGAAUAUGAGAAUAGUUAUCAAUUAACACUUGAUAUUAAUCACCAAUUGUAUCAUCAUUGGGAAUCGGUAUCAGAAUAUUUAGUUAAUUCCAAAUUAAUCAAACUCGAUGAUUUAAUUUCAAAAUUAUCAAAUUUUAUUAGUACAACUAUCGAAGAAUAUGUAUUUAAUCCACCAAAUACACCAUUAAAAGGAAUCAAACAUGAACAAGAUGCAUCAUUUGGUAAUAAUAAUAAGUCUUCAUCAAUUAAUCCAAGAACAGUUGGUACUAUUAAUAAUCCACCAAAUACACCAUCAAAAAAAAUCAAACGUGAACAAGAUGCAUCAUUUGGUAAUAAUAAUAAUAAGUUUUCAUCAGUUAAUCCAACAACAGUUGGUACUAUUAAUAAUCCACCAAAUACACCAUCAAAAAGAAUCAAACGUGAACAAGAUGCAACAUUUGCUAAUAAUAAUAAAAAGUCUUCAUCAAUUAAUCCAACAACAGUUGGUACUAUUACUUAUGCUUUUGGUCCUCAAUCAACAGCGGCUUCUAAUCAUAAUAUUGGGCUUUUAACUAAACAAGCACCACCUGCUCCUUAUAAUUAUUUUCAUCCGAAUACAUGCCCAACAACUGCCCAGGACGAGUAUUCUGGGUCCCGGAUCCCGUCGGAUCUUGUCGGAAAUCUGGCUUAA